AUGGAGGAUCCCAACACAGGCCUCAAAUUGAUGGCAAGUGGUUCAAGCGACAUGCGGCUGCGGGUGCGAGAGGAGGUGGACGACUGGAGGAGACUUCGUCGCCAACUGGCUGGUUGGCGAGCAGCAGCUCUCACGGCAGCAUUCCUCGCAAACAGCAGAGGAAAACCUGGUAUUGGUGUUGAUUCAGCUGUGGCUGCGAUGGCGACUGCAAGCUUCGGGAAACCCACCAAGAAGAUUGUGGUGGAAAACGUGAAGGAGAAGAAAUUAUCGAUCAAUUAUGACACUGAAGAAGAUCUGUUUGUUGAAGUAGCAGACGCCAAUGAAGACGAUGGAGUUUCCAUUCUUUCCCAUACGAGUGUGAUAAAAGAGCAAGAAAAAGCUAUUGACAUCAAUCCGCUUGGGAUGGGAUGGACGCUUGGGAUGCGCCAACGCUUUUUACUAGAAUUCGUAAUCGUUGAGGUUUUGGAAGACGUGUUGGCCUAUAGAACAACUUGCGGAGGUUAG